GCUUUGUUGAUUUGUGAAAUGUGACGCCUGUGUACCUCGGUAGUAGUUUACGGUGCGUCGAAGUUAUUAAUCUGUGAUCAGUGUUAACCAUAAAUACAGAUUAAAUAAGUGGUGAUUUAUAAAAUUUGAAUUAUUUUAAGUGUCAAUAAUACAUAUUCUGGAUUACAUAUGACAAUUAAUAAGCAAACCUCAGUAAAUAAACAAGUAAGAAGCAGGUGUAAUUCAAUUAUCGGGACAUAAUGUGAAUGCCCAUGUGAUGCGCUCUCGUAAUAUCGGGAGGAUAAAUAAAAACAAUUUAGUAAUAAGUUUUAUUUGUUUAUUAGUAAUAAGUGUUUUAAAUAUCAGCAGUAGAAGAAGUAAAACUUUAUUUCCAUUAUAAUAAUAAAAUAAUGGGUGAAACGGAGUCGGAUGACACUUGGUCGGCAUGGUUUCUUGAUGCAAUACGUAAAAUACGUAGUCAAAAACAGCGACCAAGUGUUGAAAGAAUUUGUCACGCGAUAAGACAACAUCACAAUUACCAUGAGGAAGAAAUCGGGGAGCACUUGGAAAAAGCCGUAAAACGCGGAGUCGUACUCAAGAUAUUCAACAAAGGCCAGUCCUCGUACAAAGAUCCCGGGGGACUGCAGUCCAAGCCGCUGAAGGUGUCAAAGACCACGGACCUGAGUAAAGUACUGGGCAAAGCCGUCCGCGAAUUAGGAGAAAGAGACGGCUCGACUCUAAAGAGCAUCGAGAAGUACGUGAGGCAGAGUCAUACCGUCGAAGAAGAGGCCGAUGGUGAUCUGAGGACUUCCUUGAGGUUAUCGGCAAAGCGAGCGGUCGAUCGCGGUCUCGUUAUCCAGGAUGGCAGACUGUUCAGGCAACCGGAUCGGCCUCCGGUUAAGAAGAUCGAGAAGAUCGACGAGCCCUCAAAGCAUCCAGCAGCUCUGCCAAUUUGCCGGGAGUGUUUGGGAACAACGGCCGCGGGGAACAACAACAACACGAACACUAAGAAAAAUCAGCCGGACAGACUCAGUAAAUGUGUAGUGUGUGGUGCUGCGUUGCAUUACUCAUGUGCACCAGCUGAAAUAGCGAUUUUGGUUGAUCGAGGUACCACGUGGUGUUGCGACGACUGUGCUUCUGUUUGUGCCGGUUGUGAGUUAGAACGGGACUCGCAGAACUAUUUGAUUAAAUGUGCAAACUGUCCCAAGUGUUAUCAUCCAACGUGCCUUGACCCGGCACUGGAUAAAAAAAGUAAAGCGCCGUGGAGGUGUCGGCACUGUCAGACGUUACACCAUCGGACUGAUGAUCAUACACCCAAACGUAGUAAUAAAAAUAAUAAUAAUAAUAACAAUAAUAAUAAUCAGCACCAGCAAUCACCGCAGCAUCAAACGCCUCAGCCAAUAGAACGUCAACAAGCAUCGCCGCAGCUUAAACUCCAAGAUCUCCAGGGGUCUCAGGACGAGAGCUCGCCGAUUAGUGCAAGGAAGAGACUCAACAAAAUACGCGAGAACCGCAAAUCAGCGGCGUCGCGUAAGAAGAGCCCAGCAACUCCCGGACGUAAAUCUGGUAUUGUCGUCGAAGGAGUUGAUAGUGGAGGAGUUGGAAAUGGAAAGGAGUUUAGUGUUAAAGAAGGAAGAGGAAUUGUUGGAGCUGGAAGUUGCGGAGCGGUGUCACAGGUGGACAGCAGCUCGGACGGUAAUGCGGGUGUUGUCUCCCUUCGUCAACCCUCUACCCAAAAUCCUUUAUCCCAACCGCAGUUACCAUCGGUACCACAAUCACCUUCACACAUCCAAUCACCCUCAAUCGCGGGCCAGGGUAGGCUGCUCGAGGAGAAGAGCGAUAGGAUAUCUAAAGAGAAACAAAAGUUCUUUAGGUCGAGUGCGUUCAAUGCGGAUCACAGUAAAUUGAAACGGGCAAGUGGAGGUACUGGAGCUGGAGCUAAUGGAUCUAGUGCGACUGCUACUGGAACUGGAACUGGAACUGGGGCUGCUAGCACUGGUACCUCUGAUAAAUCUAGGUCAGCUACAUCAGCAUCAGUUACAGUGACAGCGACAGCAACAACGACAGUAUCAAGUCCCAAGUCAAUUAAAUCAAAUGAUCAGCGAAAAACAAAUGACUCUCCGCGUAAAAUAAAUGAAAGCACGCGGAGUAAAAAUCAAACUAAAAAAAUAAUUACGCAUGCAAACAAUAAAAAUAGUAGACAAAUUACCAACAAUAAGACCGCUGUCAUAAACAAUAAAAAUACGAGGAGUAAAAACUCACCGGCAAUCAGCAAAAGUACGCGGAAAAAUAACGAGAGUCCGCGUAAAGUUAACAGACGACUGCCGGUGGUGUCUAGCAGCGAGUCCAGUGAAACUUCCAGCAGCGAGGAAAGCUCAGCCAGUAGCUCAGAUGACGAGGAUGCAAGUUCGAGUGACUCUAGUGACUCGACGUCUUCGGAAGAGAGUCUUCCUGCUAAAAAGCCAUUGACGUCAGCGAAAAAACCCACGGGUUUCACUUGUGAGACCAGCGAGAGUCCUUGGGGAUUCGCUGCUGCCGCGGCAAAGCUGAAUGUCGACGCCCCUUUAUUCAGCAGCAUCAAUAAUACUUUUGGCGCGAGUCUGCCCAAGUUGGAUCUGGGCGAGAAACCGACAUUUGGUCUCCACAUUCAGCCGGCAGCGAGUCCGGUUGGAGGUAAAAAGAAGUCCAGUAGUAAUUCGAAUGUUAUUACGCCUACGACUGGGAGCACAAUGGCCUUGGAGAAGGUGCGACCGGGUGUUGGACAAUUGAAAGGACUUUAUGAUGGUCUCAGUCAUUUUUUCCUUGCGCCGGGUAAUAGUCGUGUCAGGACAGGUGAUAAAGCUCCUAAUUAUGCACCAGAUCGUAGAAAAAGAUCUCAUGCAGCAGUCGAAGAUUCUGAUAAAGAUAAAGAUAAAGAGAAGGAGAAGGACAAAGAGAAAGAAAAAGAGAAAGAGAAGGAAAAGGAUAAAAUAAAACAGGCUAAAGUUGAAAGACGACGAAAGUCCAAAGAGGAACGUAACAAAGACGAGUCAAUAAAAGAAUUAAAUGAAAUAACGGAUUCAAAAAGUGAUAAAGACACUAAAAUGACACCGUCGAAUCUCGUUAAAACGGCGGUAAAUUCAAAGCGUCAUGAACAAAGCCGACGGCGAACAAUGAAUGCCGUUAAAUGCGCGGACUCGUCAGUCGCGUCGAAAGAGACGAGGAAAAAAGACUGCCACCCUGAGCUCAACUCCAAUUCUCACUCAUCAUCAUCAUCGUUAUCAUCAUCCUCAUCAUUAUUGCAGCAUCAACAGCAACAGCAGGCUGAUGAGUCAAAGUCAAAUCCUGGCCACUCAAAAUCCUCCCAACCACGAGCCUGUACUAGCGCCAACACCACCAACACCACCACGACACCCCGCGCGACACCCUGCUCCACCAGGAAGGAGGAAGCGAUGACGAUACAAAAUCUUCCGUCAGGAGUAACGCAGAAGGACCUUGAGUUAUUCAAGGAAGCGCGGGAGCAAGCGAACCGUUUGACGGCUACGGAAAAUGAGUCCGAGCAGUCGACGAGUCCCGGAGGGACUGGACCAGGUGUGGGAACACGUAAUCCAGCGGCGAUUGUCUUCGGACGGUUCGAAGUCGAGACCUGGUACUCGAGUCCGUUUCCUCAGGAGUAUGCGCGGCUACCAAAAUUAUUUUUCUGUGAGUUUUGUCUCAAGUACACCAAGAGUCGGGCGGUGCUGGAUCGGCAUAUGGAUAAAUGUCAGUGGAGGCAUCCGCCUGCUACGGAAAUUUAUCGCUGCAAUGAUCUUUCAGUUUUUGAGAUUGAUGGCAACGUCAACAAAAUUUACUGUCAGAAUCUUUGUCUGCUAGCAAAAUUAUUUCUUGAUCACAAAACUCUUUACUAUGACGUCGAGCCGUUUCUCUUUUACGCGGUAACUAAAAAUGAUAAAUUCGGAUGUCAUUUAGUCGGAUAUUUUUCAAAAGAAAAACAUUGUCCGGCUCAACGGUACAACGUCUCCUGUAUAAUGACACUGCCGCAGUAUCAACGUCAGGGCUUCGGUAGAUUUCUCAUCGAGUUCAGUUACCUGCUGUCAAAAGUCGAAGGUAUCCCGGGAACACCAGAAAAACCGCUGUCUGAUCUAGGCCGGGUGUCUUAUCACUCGUUCUGGAAGAGCGUCGUCCUCGAGCAUCUUGACGCGCAUCGCGAUGCCAAGGAAAUAAAACUCGGUGACAUUACGAAAGAGACUGGAGUAUCAGCUCACGAUAUCGCGACGGCGCUGCAGCUUCUGGGGUUCGUGAGGACCCUGGACAAGGCAGUAAAUGACGUGUCCAAGGGUAAGAUCGCCGUGGUGGUGGACUGGAGUAAAGUCGACACGCAUAUGGUGAAAGUUAAGAAAAGUUCGCGCAUUUCACUGGACCCUGAUUGCUUGAGAUGGAUCCCGUUGCUGACUCAGAUUCCUAAUCCCUAUCAAAGUCCCGAGGAGUUGAGCGAAGUCAGUCCGGAAGCGUCCCCGGAAAUUUCUCCGAAACCUGUCACUGCGAUGGUGGAGAAGAUCCAGAAGGUCAAGAUUAAAAAACGACCAAGGGGUCGCCGUAUUGGAGUCAGAAGGUCGGGUAUCAAAGCCCGCAGUCCUCUGAAGUCCCCGAAGGUCAAGGAAAUUGAUAAAGAGGAUAAGGAGAAAGAGAAGGAGAAGGAGAAGGAAAAAGAAAAGGAAAAGGAUGACAAGGAAAAGGAGAAGGAUAAAGACAGUGGUAAUAUUGCGGACAUUGAAGACGAAGAGAAUCCAGCGGCAGUUGUAGCGGAAACAACAAAAACACCUAGAAAUUCACGCAAUAGUAUUAUGAACAAGAGUAUUCCGAUAACAAACACACCCAAGAUGUCAACUCCGGUAUCAAUAAGUCGUCGGAGGAUACGAACUCCUAAAACAGUAGUGGACAUUCCGUUGAGCACAACCCCGUCGAGGAAACGGAAACAUUCCGAAAAGACUGAGGAUGAGGAUAAGGAUAAAGAAAAAGAAAAGGAGAAGGAGAAGGAAAAGGAAAAGGAAAAGGAAAAGGACAAAGAUAAGAAACCUGUUGAGGGUACGGUAAGUGCGAGAAAACGUGCGCGCGAGGCUAAAGAAAAAAUUAUCAAGGAGAAGGAGAAGGAGAAAGAAAAGGAGGAGAAGGAGAAGGAAAAGGAAAAGGAAAAAGAGAAAGAGAGAGAGAAAGCUAAAGUAGAAGAGGCUGAUAAGAAGAGUUUAGUAAAAUCAAUGGAGAGGGCGACGAAGCAGAGCAAAUUGGAUGAUAUUUUGAUGAAGGUCACGAGUCGGCAGACUAAAAGUUUGCUGGCGAAAGAGAAGAAGGAAAAGAAACUUGAAGAAAAGGAAAAGGAGAAAGAGAAAGAGAAGGAGAAGGAGAAGGUGGUGGAGUGUAAUGGCAAAGAUGAGGGCAAGAUUAAUGAAAGGAACUUGUUGACUGGAAGAAGACGCGGCAAGAUGACGUACAAGAUUGCGGAGUUGGCCAAAGCCAAGAAGGAACGACUAGCGAGUCCUGUACGCGCCAAGUCGCGAAGCACAACUCCCAAGUUUGAUAAGAAGCAGCUGACUAUUCCGCAAAUGAUCGCGCCCGUGAAAACAAAUGAGGUUGAGGUGAACAAGGAGUUGGAGAUGGAGAUGGAGAAGAAGGAACUGGAGAUGGAGAUAGAGAAGAAGGAAAGUGAAGUGAAGACUAAAGUUCCGGAAAGUGAAGUUCCGACUGCUAGUCCGGGAGAGUAUGAGGGUGGAGAUGAGGACGAAGGAGAAGAGGAAGAAGAGGAAGAAGAUUUACGGCCUAAAUCGAUUCCUAGGACAGUGAAAAUUAUUGAGCAGCCGGAGCCGGUGUUUAGUGAACGAGCUGAUACGCCUGUACCUGAUGAGACUAGUGAGGAGAAAGUUGUUGUUGUUAAUAAUAAGGAGGGAGAGAAGGAAGUUGAUGAUAAAGUUGAGAGUGUAAAGAUUAAUGAAGCUGAUGAACCUAAGGACCAACCAGUUCAGGUUCAGAUUCAAGGUGCGCGGGAAGAUGAGAGUAAAGUCGCUCCGGAAGUUGAUAAAGUUGUGGAAAAAAUUGUCGAACCAGAGGUUGAAGAGCCUGAGCCGAAGUUGGAAACAGAAGAUUUUAAACAAGUUGAAGAAAAUAAAAAAGAAGAAGAACUGCCGCAGCCGGAGCCAGAGCAGGAACAUCAGCAGCAGCAGCAGCUGGAACCAUUGAAAGAAAUUAAAGAACUCGAGCAGUCUUGCUCGCCGGUUUCUGUUGCGUCCAAAGAAUCCCCAGCUCUGUCUCAUCCUAUCGCUGAAGAAAUCCCGCCGAUGAUUGAAGAAAAACCGAUUAUGAACAUCGAGCAUCGGGAAAUAAUCCACGUGCCGCAGACAGUUUCCGAGGAGAAGCAGCACUCGCCAGAAAGCGGAAAGACGACUCCGCAUCUGGAGAACCCGGGGUCUGUUAAACGCACGCCGCCAUCUCAGCCAGACUUGCCUUCAAUGGGAGUCUACACUCCCGACUCUACGACAAAUUCAGUCCACUCGCUGCACUACGGGCAGUGCGACCUGGACGUCAGUCAACUGGGUCUCGAAUCCCCGACCUCAAUAGCCAGCGAUUUGGCGUCGCAACACAGCGUCGAAAGACCACCGAGUGCUCUGCCGAUGACAACCGUAUCAGCGCCGACUCUCAACUCAAAUCCCAUUCAAAUUCCCCCGCCCUCGUCAGUCUCAAUGUCUCAAGUGCACUACGACUGUUCGAUAUCCCAGCACUCCCCCCACAUGUCAAUCCACCACUCGAUGCAUCAGUCACUCCAGCAGCCGAGGACUCCAUCGAGUAUCCCGACUCAGAGUCCUCAGCCUCUACCACAAUCGCACACUCCCCAGCCCCACCAGUCUCACACCCCCCAGUCCCACACACCUCAGCCCCACACUCCCCAAUCCAUCCCCCAAUCGCACACUCCCCAGCCAAUGCAAUCUCACACACCCCAACCUAUGCCUCAAUCUCACACUCCUCAGCCCAUGCCCCAGUCGCACACACCCCAGCCUCUAGUCCAGACUCACCCCCAAAAUAUUCCCACCCACAGUCCACAGCCGAUGCAGCUGAUGGUUCAGUCGCAGUCGAGUCUCAACAUCCAGCAGCACUCGCCUCAUCAUCACCACCACCAGCAGCAACAGCAGCAGCAGCAGCAGUCUCAGCCUCAACCUCAACCUCAGUCUCAGCCUCAAUCCCAGUCUCAGUCGCAGUCGCAGUCUCACAGCAGCAGCAAGCGCGCCAAUGGUUCUCAGACUCACAGAUCAAGAUCAAAUCAGCAAAGUAGAUCUCAUCGUGCAACUCCACCAGCCUCUCAGAGUCAGCACCUCAGCCAUACAGUGACCCACGGGAGCUCUAUACCGCCUCAGUAUCAACAGACAACCAUGUCCAUACCUCAUCACACCCACUCUCACUCUCAUUCCCACAACAUGGCCGUGAUAUCUCAGAGCAAUUACAUGGCAGUUGCGUCUCAAACCUUUCCAUCGCAAAAUACUUACGUACUUCAACAUCGCGGUGGUAGAUCUGGUGCACCGACACCCUGCACCACAGCCACCAACUUCUACAUUCAAACGAGCGCGAUGCCGCCUCACUCUCACACGCCCUCGCCAUCGCUGACCGGCUCCACGAACCACCAGACCCCCAACUCAUGCAGCCUCGCUAAAUUGCAGCAGCUCACCAACGGCCUGGAAAUGAUUCCACCCACGCCUCCGCCCUCAAUGAAUCUCACACCCCCACCACCGAUUCCCCACACGAUGACCCCGCCACAGAACUCGCGGCAGCUCCCCACUCCUCCGCAAGUUCCUCUGGGGUAUCCCAAAAAUUACUACAACGUAAACUCCGCAGCACCUGGUCCUCCGAGCAGAUCGACCUCCAGGUCCUCAGCCAACGCCAACAUGGCGUCGCUCACCCAGGCCUACCCAUCGGAAAGUCUCUACAGGCAAACUCUCGACCCCACCAGCUCCUGUCCCCAGAUGCAAACCACCGCGACCCGGGUCAGUCCCAACGUCGCACUCAACACAAAUCUCAUGGCAGCCCAGUACGGCUACCGCGUGACCCAGCCGACCUCCGGCUACAUGAACCAGGCGGCUCAGAUCGGGGGAUUCAUGAACCAGGCAGGACAACUUGGUCCCGUUGGUGUCGUAAAUGUACCAGCUCCAUACUCCCAGGAUCCUCAUCAGCAGAAUCCAGUCUACACGACCUACCACGGAUACAUCAACAGCGGGCUCAUGCAGCCACUCAACGGAACCAUGAGGCCGCGAUAAUUUUAAUCUUAUGACUGUCAGCAAUAACCGCUUCAUUUUUUUUACUAUUAUUUAUCUCAACUUGUUGUGUAAAAUAUUUAUAAAUAUUUAUGUAGUCCAAGAUUUUUUCGCGGGUGGAAAAUUUAUUCAGGUUGAGGUUUUUUUUAUUUAAAAUCAACAAAUUAUUAGUAAUCCACCGCACGGCGUUGUACUUUAUUAUGUAAAAUAUAACUCGCUAAUUGUUAAUUAAUUAAUUAAUUAAUUAAUCAGUUAAUUAAUUAAUUAUUGAUGAUAAAUUUAUUUAAAAGUAAUUUAUCUUUAAUUUUAUUUUUAAGUUUUGCUUUUUUUAUGCUUACGACUCAAAUAGAUGCACGUUAUUAUUUAAAUUUAAAUUCAAAUUUGAAUUUGAAUUUGAAUUUAAA